UUACAUCUUUGUUCUGGACCAUCUUGACUUAAACUGUGCAAGCACCAGCACAGCGCACUCGGACCUUUGACUGCUGAGGCGGCGAGCACGAUGUUGAGGAUCCUGCUCCUGGUUCUGUGUGUUGGAAGCUUGGAGGCCUGGUUCUGGAACGUUGCCCCCGAGCCCACCACGCAGCCCACAACAAGUGCUGCCACAACACCCAAUGGCACAAAGAAGGUGGAAGACGAGGAUGAGGAUUUGUCAGGCGUGGGAGAAGAAAUCGUCAACGUGGCCACUGGAAUCCGUAACUUGGUCAAGGCAUGGGAUGUGACCACGAGCCCUGGGCCUACUCAAGGUUCCCUGAAGGUGGAGAGCGCUGACCCAAACAUUACGGGUAAUACUGACGGGCUCAGAGUGGGGACUGGGGACGAAGGGUCUGGAGUUUGGGAUGGUGAUGCUUCUGGAUCAGGAUCGGGGUCCAGGCAAAAUCUUGGAUCUGGUGUAGAGUCAGUGAGCAUCCAUCCAAGUAACUUAAGCUUUGCAAACAACGGGACUCUAGGUGCUGGUUCUGAUCCAUUUUGUCUGCCCGUGCCCUCUGUUUGGCACAUGUGCUCCAGAAAACACCCACAGUUCUUCACAUUACCUAAUUAUUUCAACCACACGUCUGUGGAGCAGGCGGGGGCGGCUCUACGGGAGUGGGUGCGGCUGACCCCGACGGGCUGUCACCAACGCAUAGAGUGGUUCCUGUGCCUCUUGCUGGUGCCCAGGUGCCCCUCGCCCACCACCGCACUCUUGCGCCUGCCCUGCCGCAGCUUUUGCCACCAAGUGCAGGACAGCUGCUGGGUGUCGUUGGACAGUGCGCAGCUUCCGGUGGAGUGUGGCCUCCUGCCUGUGGGGGCGGAGGAGCCUGGGCGCCCUCCAUGUGUGUCUGUUAGUUACUCGAAAGAGCACAGCAGUUUGUCUCUACUCCAGCUAAUUGGAGAUCCGCCACCUGAUGAGAUAGGUCGGGUCAUCGGGCCGAGCGGGACCCCGGCCUACAUCUUCACUUCUGCCGGUGUGUCGGGCCAACCGGCUCUGGCCCACGUACCCAACCCAUUCUACCGCCACUUUUCCCUCCUCUUUCACAUCAAGCCGUCCACUUCGGCCGCCUCCGUCCUCUUCGCCGUCACCGAUGGGCCCCAGAGGCUUAUGUAUGUGGCGGUCAAGCUCAGCGCCGUGCAGUGGGGCCGGCAGAGGGUGCGGUUUUUCUACACCGAGCCAGAUUCUGAGGCGUCGUACGAGGCCGCCAGCUUCGAUGUGACGAGCCUGGUGGGCAAAUGGUCUCGAUUCUCGCUGUCUGUCUUUGAGGAGCAAGUGACCUUCUACCAGGACUGUGAUUCAGCGCCACGGGUGGUAAAGUUUGAGCGGUCCCCGGACCCCAUGGAGCUUGAUGCAGGGGCCGGGAUCUUUGUCGCUCAGGCUGGGGGGGCCGACCUGGACAAGUUUCAGGGUGAAAUUGCUGAGCUGAGGCUUGUGGGAAACUCUCGGGCUGCCGAGCGCUUAUGUGACGACAUCGACGACGACUCCGACGCUGCCUCUGGCGACUUUGGCAGCGGUGAAGGCGUCAGGAGGCAGACGGGAGGCAAAGUAAAGACCACACCUGCAUCUUUCAGGCCAGUGCCCGAGCCCCCAUUGAUAGCCUCAAAAGGAGGCAGACUUAAAGAAACAGGUUUAAGUGGUGCUAAAGGAGAGAAAGGUGACAGAGGAGAGAAGGGCACCCUGGGGGACAGAGGCCAUGCGGGGCCAAAGGGAGACCCUGGUUCAGGCUUUUCCUCACAAGCUGGAGGUGUUGGCCAAAAGGGAGAAAAGGGAGAUAAGGGUAGUACAGCGUUUGGAAGUAAGGGAGAGCGUGGCGCACAGGGCCUCCCGGGUCCCCCCGGGCCUCCUGGAGCUGCAGCCGAGGUAGUCCGGAUUGGGGAUGGCUCUUUAAAGCAGCAGGUGGCUGGACCCCUUGGAACUCCGGGCCGAGAUGGAUUGCCUGGUCCACCAGGAGCUGAUGGAUUGCCUGGGGAUCCAGGAGAGGAUGGGAAAACUGGUCCCGCGGGGCCGCAAGGAUUCCCAGGAACUCCUGGAAGUCCUGGUCCCAAAGGAGAAGAGGGUGAGCGGGGCGAAGGUCAACCUGGACCCAGAGGUCCCCCAGGGCUUCCAGGACCUCCUGGACCAGGAACUGGAAAUCGACCAACAUUUGUUGACAUGGAGGGCUCAGGAGUCCCAGAAUGGGAGAAGAUCCGGGGUCUUGUUGGUCCUCCAGGGCCCCCAGGCCCUCCGGGCCUUCCUGGGGUCCCUGGUACAUCAGUUGCACUUGGAUCCAAUGAUCUAGUUGCCUUUGGACCACCUGGAAGGGAUGGGGUCCCAGGUCCACCUGGUUCUCCUGGGGAUCGUGGUCUACCAGGUCAACCUGGGCUCAGAGGAGAAAAGGGCGACAAUGGUGAGCUCAACUCUCAGGGAAGAGCUGGCGAGAAGGGUUCUCGUGGUAACCCAGGACUGCCGGGAACACCAGGACAGACUGGGCUAGCAGGGCUUCCAGGUCCCAUGGGCCCAGUUGGACCCCCAGGGCAACCAGGGCCACCUGGGCCGCCAUACCCCUUUGGCUCUGCUGACCAGGAAGACUUUGAGGGAAAUGGUGGAUCACGGAGACUCAGUGGCCCACCAGGACCACAGGGUCCUCCAGGUAAUUUAGGUCUACCGGGCAGACCAGGUUUACCAGGAACCAAUGGCAACAAAGGAGCAGAGGGAACAAGAGGUCCACCUGGAAUUCCAGGUCUGGAUGGAUUUCCAGGACACCUAGGGCAGAAGGGAGAUAGAGGAGACAAGGGGGAACAAGGUCUGCCAGGGCGCGACGGUGGGCCAGCUGGUCCUCCAGGGCCUCCGGGACCUCCAGGACGAAUCAUUUAUCGGAAUGGGGAUUCUGACAACCUUUAUUGGAGUGAAGGGUUGCAGACGGGAGCAGGAAUUCCAGGCCAAGCUGGAUUCCCUGGGCCCAUCGGACCGAAAGGGGAAAAGGGGGACACAGCUCUGCCAGGAUUUGCCCCUAAGGGUGAAAAAGGAGAACCCGGUGUCAUCAUGGGUCCAGAUGGGCGGCCUUUGUACCUGGGGGGCCUGACAGGGAAACCAGGAGAUAUAGGACCCCCAGGCCCAGUUGGACCUCCAGGCUCUUAUGGUCCUCUAGGUCAAAAAGGAGAAUUUGGACUUCCAGGUAGACCAGGUCGACCGGGACUGAACGGCAUCCAAGGACAAAAAGGAGAGCCAGGCGGUGGGUCUGGAGCCACAUACUAUGGUCCCCCAGGUCCACCGGGCCCACCUGGACCCCCUGGACCACCAUCCAGAGGGUAUGAUGACUACUCCAGGUAUUAUCAAGCUACUAAAGGAGAGAAAGGUGACUCUGGAGCACCAGGUUUACCCGGCCUACCAGAUGGUGGGUCAGACCGUGACAUUUACGCAUUUAAGAAUGAGUUGAAGGGUGAAACGGGAGAUCCUGGCUCGAAAGGAGAGAAAGGAGAACCAGGUGGGGGAUAUUACGACCCACGAUAUGGAGGGAGAGCGGUAGGAGUGCCGGGAGUCCCCGGACCUCAAGGCCCCAAAGGGGACUCCAUUGCUGGCCCACCGGGUCCCCAAGGGCCAACUGGUCCACCAGGAAGAGGCUAUGAUGGCCGACCUGGACCACCAGGGCCACCUGGACCCCCUGGUGUCCCUUCCUUCCCUGGACCUCAUAGGGGCACACACACUAUCAGUAUUCCUGGACCACCCGGGCCACCUGGAACACCUGGAAUACCAGGACACUCUUCCGGGGUGACAGUGUUGCAGUCCUAUGAUAUCAUGACAGCCACUGCUAGAAGACAACCUGAGGGCUCGCUGGUCUACGUCAUAGACCGGACAGAUCUUUAUCUACGAGUCAGAGACGGGGUUCGUCAAGUCCAGCUUGGUGGCUAUAUUCCAUUGCCACGUGAGGAUGCUAAUGAGGUUGUAGCAGCGGAGCCCCCACCGGUCGUUCCGUACUCCCCAUACCACAUCUCCAAUGACUCUCACAGUCAUGCAGAGAGGCCGGACCAAGUGAAUCCGGACAGUUUUUCUCAGCCUGACCCACGUCAGUCCAGCCAGCUGUACCCUCCAUACCAAACAAACCCUGAUGGCAGAAACCAAAACCUUCCUGAUCCCAGAUUAUACCACCCUGACACUCGACAUACAUCUCAGCCAGAUCCCCGAUACCCUGCCCCAACAGACCCCAGAUACCCCAGUUACACAGACCGGGUGAAUAACCCAGAUGAUCGAUACCCAGUCCAUCCAGCCCAUGAACACCCACCUUACUACGCUGUAACUCCUCAGCGAAGGCCUCCCCCACCUGUGGCCCAGACUCCGCCCCACCAUCACACAUCAGGGCCAGGGCUCCACCUUAUCGCCUUGAACCAGCCCCAGACUGGAUCCAUGUGGGGCAUCCGAGGUGCUGACUUUUUGUGCUUCACUCAGGCUCAAAGCAUCGGAAUGAAGGGAACAUUCCGAGCCUUCUUGUCCUCAAAACUCCAAGAUCUCCACAGCAUUGUCCGCAAAGCCGACAGAGAACAUAUGCCUAUAGUCAACUUGAAGGAUGAGGUUUUGUUUGACAACUGGGAGGCCAUUUUUAACGAUGGCACAAUGAAGGAGAAUGUCCCUAUCUACUCUUUUGAUGGUAAAGAUGUUCUCCGCGACAGCACAUGGCCUGAGAAGAUGAUGUGGCACGGCUCUGCCACCAACGGUCAGCGGCAGGUUGACGGUUUCUGCGAGUCAUGGCGCAUGAGCAACCACAUACUAAGCGGCAAGGCGUCCCCGCUGCACAGCGGCAGUCUGCUCCAGCAGACCUCCAGCAGCUGCUCCAGCUCCUACGUAGUGCUGUGCGUGGAGAACAGCUAUAUUGGCUAUGGCAGGAGAUAAACACACACAUGGGAUUGAUAGAAACCUGCUUGGGACUAUAAACAUGGUUCAAUUGUUUCCUUGCAAAUACAUGACUUUUUAUUUUUAUUUUUAUUUUACGGUGCGACACAAGGUGAUCUUAUACUGUAUAUGAAACAGAAGUUUCAUGCGGCUCCGAAGAGAAGAUUUAAACGUACAGUUUAAGCAAGGAAUUGGAUGAACAAAUAACUGAACAAGAAAGUCAAUUUGUAUGACUUAACAAUAACAGGGCUUAUUUACUUUUUUAAAAAUGUUUUUUAUUUUUAAUAAGCGUGCCUUUUCUUUUUUACUGUUGUCUUUUUACAAAAGAACUCUAAAUGUAUCCAGCUAAAGUUCAGACAUUAGCCAGGUUGACAUGAUUAAAGUUUGCGCACAUAAAAAAAAAGAAAAGAAAAAAGAUAUAACAAAAACACCUGAAAGCUUUUCUCUCUGUCAUGGGAACAGUAAAUACAGUGCAGUUAGCAACACAUUGUAGCCUUUGUCACAUACACAUGCGAUAACUGCACUUGCACAUCAGACAAUCAACUAAUUUAAAAAAAAAACUGUAAAAAAGUAAUAUCUAGUUUGGCACCUAGGUUUCAAAAGAGGGAACAGAAGAGCUGCUGUCAAAAAAGUGCUUGGCACGAGAAUUUAAUCCUCAUGACAAAUAUUUUUUUCAUUUGCCACUUAUCAAACAGCAUUGUUGCUAUCAUGAUAUAAUUAAAGCCCAAUUGUCCAGAAAA